AUGGCAGAUGACAAAACGAGAGUAUGCGAAAUUGAAAAAUUUUCGUCCGAGUUUGCGACGAUUCAUGGCAAGAGACAAGUGUUAAAGUGUCACUUGGUCAGUCUGUAUUUCUCCUUUUUCUACUUACUGGUGAUCUUUCGAUUGGGUGACUAUUUCGGUUUACCGAGCCCGCCAACUCACACGAAUCUCGUCGUGAUGAUUCUUACCUUAAAGCUACCUGGACUAGCGUUCGAGAUUAACUCGGCGGCCACGGCACCAGCCGACGACGUUCAGGGAGCAAAUUCUGACGCGCUCAAGAAAAUUAAUUUCAUGGACGUGAUACAUUAUAGCUUCGGUUAUAUGGGCGUACUAACAGGUCCAUAUUAUCGUUACAGGACGUACUGGGAUUCUCUGCACAGACCGUUUUCCGACUACGUCGAUCCGUGGCCACUCACCUAUUAUAAACUUAAACAGAUUGCGGCGUUCAUCGUGCUGUUUCUAGCGAUAAAUCAGUUCUUUCCCAGCGACUACACGCAAACGAUAAUGUUCGAAGAGCACUGCUUCCUAUAUAGAUUUUUUUAUAUGUACCCGACAUUCGCCGGUUUUCGACUGAGAAUGUUUAUCGGCAUGGCGCUGGCCGAAUGCGUUUGCCAAAUGUCAGGACUAGGAGCUUACCCGAUUUGCUGUCAACCCACACCCGGUCUUGGCCCGCGUGAUUACAAAACAGUUGAAAAAUUGUCGCUUGAUCGUGAGAGGACAAAAAAAGAGGAGCAGGAUUUCGAAACAGUAUACAAUAUGAACGUGUGGGAAGUGGAAUCGUCUCCAUUUGUCAGACACACGAUGAAAAUGUGGAAUACAUGCAUACAAUACUGGAUGGCUGUGUGCAUUUACAAAAGAUUCCCUCAUAAAGGUUUGAGAACCAUCGCCACGAUGACCUUAUCCGCUCUGUGGCAUGGUUACGCUGCAGGCUACUACUUUUGCAUCUGUCAAGUUCCUCUCUAUCUACCCUUUGAGGACAUCUGUGUUAAAUUCUACAACCAGUGUGAAAAAAACGGAUUUGGCAAGAAGGCCUGGGGACUUUUCCUCUGGUGGUCUAAACUUACAUGCAUGGCGUAUCUUGGCGUACCCUUCCAAUUACUGGGCUUCCAGGAAAUAAUACAUUUUUACAAAAGUCUAUACUUCUCCGGACAUAUCUUAGGGCUUGUGGCUUAUCUGGUCUUACGAGUCCUUAAAACUCAAUUUCUUAAACGACAUCAAAUGGAAGAACACAAGAAAAAAUAAAUUUUCUCGCAAGUAUAUUAGCUUUAAAGCAGAGGUUCCCAUCAACGCGAAGUAAAAGAAGUCAGAUAUUGCUAUUUAGUCUUUAAACUAUUGAUUAAACUGUUGAUAGAAAUCUAUCAAUCAAGAGAUCAAUAAUUUUUAAUUAUUAUUUACUAAUUUUUUAAAUUUUUUAAUACUUUAUAAUUUUAUAAUUUUUGUUUCUUAUAAUUGUUUUUACAAUUAUUUUUUUAUAAUUUUUCUAAUUAUUUAUGUGAUAUCUUAAUAUUCCUUUUACUCUUUAUAAUGUUAUAUAAUUUCUAAAAUUUAAUAUUAAAUCACAAUUGUUUAUAUAUAAGUGUAUAAAUAA